CUAAGUAACCCCGAAAGCAGGGUGCAAGCCAUUUUCCUGUUAGCGAGAGAGAGAGGCUGCUCUUGAAAUUCAUAGAGAGAGAGAGGGGGGUGGGACGAGAAAGUGUUUAGUAUUAUGGAUUUGAACUGGAUCAGGCAACAAACGUAGGUCUUGUUUGCGAUGUUUUGAGGUAUGAUCGUGUUGGUUAUAAAUGAGAGAUAAUCUGGGGUUGCAGGAGGCUGGGUGGGAGGAAUUGAGGAAGGAGGCGAGGAAGAUAGAAGGAGAUCUCGAUGUCAAACUCUCUUCUUAUGCUAAGCUCGGUGGGAGGCUAGCGCAGGGAAGUUAUGCGGAUACUGGAUCGCCAACAGUUAGUGGCUCAAGAUCUUGGAAGUCAAUGGAAAUGGAAAUCCAGUCCUUGCUUGAGAAGCUUCUAGAUACGAAUGAUGCUAUGAGCCGCUGUGCUGCAUCUGCAGCUCCUACUACUUCCAUUAAUCAGAAGCUGGCAAGACACAGGGAUAUACUUCAUGAAUACAUGCAGGAAUUCAAAAGGACAAAGGGGAACAUCAACUCCAUGAGGGAACAUGCUGAUCUACUUAAUUCUGUUAGGGAUGAUAUCAGUGAAUACAAGGCAUCUGGGAGUAUGUCACCUAGAAUAAGUUUAUUACGGGAGAGAGCUGCAAUCCAUGGUAGCAUAUCUCAUAUGGAAGAAGUAAUCAGUCAAGCUCAAUCAACAAAAGCAGUGUUGAGCUCCCAAAGGACUCUGUUUGCUGAUGUUCAGGGAAAAGUCAAGCAGCUGAGCGAUAAAUUCCCCAUUAUCCGAGGCCUUCUCGGUGCAAUCAGAAGGAAGCGAUCCAGGGACACUCUCAUCUUGUCUGCAGUUAUCGCGGCCUGCACUUUGUUCCUGAUAAUCUACUGGCAUUCAAAGUAAAAUGAACCUUUGUAUCAGUUUAUUCAUUUCUUUCGUAGAAAGGAAACAAAUGAAAAAUAACAAUGCUAGUUUUGUGAUGUCUUUGUUUGAGGUAUAUUGUUUGUGUCCGAACAAAGAAUGAAAAUCAAUUUUCUUAACACGAUUCUUAGUUUUGGUCA